AACAUGGAUAAGAGGAUAUAGAAGCGACGAAAACACAUUACUAAAUUAUGCUCCCUUGUAAAAUUCGCGUGUGGUACUACGUCAGACUCGCGAUACAAUUAUCAAAAUAAACAUGUAAUCAUAACCUAUGACAUCCGAGGCAUGAUAAGAGAAAUCUCGACCGUUCCACGGCGGAUAAUAAUUCACAAAACUGUCAUGGUAUGGCCUUAGUCGCGACGCCACGGCGUAAAUCAGCCGUCUGAAAGCACGUGGAGCGUUAUCGGCGGACAGACGUGCCGAAUGCGAGGGUAAGAAAUGAGUAAUCUGAAAAAGUGUAAAGCCACCCAAGGAUCCCAGUGCGGCCGAGAUCCCGGACCCGCACACGCGCAUCGUGUGAUGCCCGUGUCGCAGCCAGUACGUGCCAAGAGUUUGUUACGCGCAAACUUGGAAAACUCACGCGUCCGAGUCUUGCAGAGCAGAAUGCCGAACAUCAAGGUCUUCAGCGGGACCUCGCAUCCGGAUCUCGCCCAGCGGAUCGUGGAUCGCCUCGGCAUCGACAUCGGCAAGGUUGUCACCAAGAAAUUCAGCAACCUCGAGACAUGUGUGGAGAUUGGAGAAUCUGUCCGUGGAGAAGAUGUGUACAUCGUGCAGAGUGGAAGCGGCGAGGUGAAUGAUAAUCUCAUGGAGCUUCUAAUCAUGAUCAACGCUUGUAAAAUCGCUUCUGCGUCCCGAGUAACAGCAGUGAUUCCUUGUUUUCCUUACGCGAGGCAAGAUAAGAAAGACAAGGGCGGUGAUGGUGGAGACUCUAAAAAUCAGAUUGUCAUGAAGUCGAACGAGUGGAAAUUCAGGAGUCGUGCGCCAAUCUCCGCAAAGCUAGUUGCAAAUAUGCUUUCCGUGGCGGGCGCCGAUCACAUUAUCACAAUGGACUUGCAUGCUAGUCAAAUACAAGGAUUUUUCGACAUCCCAGUAGACAACUUAUUCGCCGAACCCGCUGUCCUCAAGUGGAUUAAAGAGAAUAUCGUUGAAUGGCGGAACAGUAUCAUUGUCUCUCCUGACGCUGGUGGUGCCAAAAGAGUCACAUCCAUCGCGGACCGGUUAAAUGUCGAGUUUGCGCUUAUACAUAAAGAAAGGAAAAAAGCGAAUGAAGUCGCGAGUAUGGUAUUGGUCGGAGAUGUCAAAGACAGAGUUGCUAUACUUGUAGACGAUAUGGCGGACACUUGCGGUACCAUCUGUCACGCAGCAGAAAAGCUGUUGGAAGCUGGAGCCACAAAGGUUUAUGCGAUACUUACGCAUGGUAUCUUCAGUGGGCCGGCAAUUACAAGGAUUAACAAUGCUUGCUUCGAAGCUGUGGUAGUGACCAAUACUAUUCCUCAAGAUGGUCACAUGAAAGAUUGCCCAAAGAUUCAGUGUAUUGAUGUCUCGAUGAUGUUUGCCGAAGCGGUGAGGCGGACACACAAUGGUGAAUCUGUAUCAUAUCUGUUUUCAAAUGUACCGUAUUAGACGAAAAUCUUCCGUAAUCUACUAAACUGUGUAAGAAGAACGCACUCUUUUUACAUUUGUUUACAUAUUGUUAUUGUUAGUUAAAAAACUACUUCGUCUACCUGCUAGUUAGGUAUAUAUUCUGUGUGUCUUAAUUUCAAAUUAAAAUUUAUACUUAUUCUAUUUUUUCAUAAAUUUCUUAUAACAAAUACAAGAUCAAUCGGUACAAAACACGAACUUUUAGAAGAUUAGAGAUUUAGGUAUGUAAGAUUUUUUUUUAACUAAAUAAUUCUCAGAAUUUCUCCAAACACAGUAAAAGUGAUGUAUAAUGCUUUAGUAUUGUGUUGUAAUCAAAGAGAGUUGCUAUUUCAACUCAGUAUAACUUAUGACAUAUUGCAUCGUUUUUAUCGGUCUCAAUUUAACAAAAUGAUAGAAUCAAUCUGUUAUAAUGACGAUCAUUAGUGAUUUAAUGGAUUGAAAUAUUUGUAAACUACGAUUCAAAUAUGUCCUCAAUGCACGUAAUGCUCGUAUAGCAUAAUUUGCUAGUGAAUCAAUUUUAGAUCUGCAUUAUCUAAAUAUAAAAAAUUUUCAUACAUCAAUGUAAAAGAAAUCGUUUGAAUAAAUUUUUGUAGUUUAGUAUUAAAAUGUGUCCAGCGUAUUGAGAUUAUAAUGUACACGAUAGGAAAAUGGCACUGAUCAUGUUUUUAAUGCAAGCAACUUAAUAUAAUAAUAAUAAUUAGAUUAAAAUCGAGAUAAUUUAUUACACUCGAUGAAUAUGCGAACUCUGAUUUCAUUCACUAAAACAGCUUCCGGUCAACAUGCAAAUUUAGCUUGAUAUGACUAUGAUGAUGAUUGCAAAUUUUUUUGCUUAAUAAGAAAGUGCCAUUUGUUAUUCGAGUGGGUAUUACAAUAAAUGUAUGUAAAAAGUAAAA